CUCUCUUCUGUAUGUAAACUAUUGAAAGCUCAGUUGAACACAUCACUCUUUGAUCAAAUUCUCACCUACGUCAACAAUGGCUCUCGCACCCAAGUUCGCCGGCCAGAAGCUCGCUUCAACCGCCAUCCAGCCCAAAGCCGUCCACACCAUCGAGAUCUACCUCGACUACGUCUGCCCCUUCAGCGCCAAGCUCUUCAAAACCAUCUACAGCACGCCCCUACGCAAGACCCUCCUCGAGAAAUACUCAGAUCGUGUCGUUACCCUCUUCCGGCAGCAAAUCCAGCCCUGGCACCCCUCCUCAACCCUUGUGCAUGAAGCCGGCUUCGCCGUACUCAAAGUCCAGCCAGACAAGUUCUACGACUUCAGCGAGAAGCUGUUUGAGCAGCAGAAGGACUUCUUUGAUGCCAGCGUGGUGAAUGAGACAAGGAACGAUACGUAUAAGCGACUGGCGAAGAUUGCGGGGAGUGUGGGCGUGAGUGAGAACGAGGUGUAUGGGUUGCUGGAGAUUAGUGAUAAGCCGGAUAAGGAUGGCGGGUUGAAUACGGGGAAUGGGGUUACGGAUUUUGUUAAGGUGCAGACGAAGCAGAAUAGGUUGCAGGGCGUGCAUGUUACGCCGACGGUAGUGUUUGAUGGGGUUGUGAAUAACGAUAUCUCGAGUAGUUGGACAGAGAAGCAGUGGGAGGAGUGGUUGGAGAAGAAUGUUGCGUGACUGGAUGAUAGGGGUGGGGCGAGGUUGUGAUGUGGGAGGUGCCCGGUGUAUCCCAGUGGUUACAUACGAUGAGACGGCAUCAUCGAGAAUGCUUCACCACUAAAAAAACAAUGAAUUACGGUAUCACAGC